CUGCAUCUCCCUCUCUGUGUAACAAACCACCCAGCUGCUCCAUCCAUCCCAUCCGCACACCACGUGACCCACUUCUCCCAUGUCCUUCAGUACUUCAUUCAGCAUGAUGGCUGCGGAUGCUGCGGAUGCUCUCUGCUGCAUCCUGCAUCCGCGCCGGCUCUCCCUCCUUCUCCUCACCGUCACCCUCUCCUCCCUGCCGGCACCGACAGCGGCGCUGCUCGGCGUCCGGCCCGAAGACACGCAGAGCGGAGAGCUGUCCGUGCAGGAUGGGAUACUGAGAGCCACCGAGGGGACCCGCUUCAUGCUGAGGGUUUACUACUCCGCAUCUCCAGCCACCGAGCAUCCCAACAGCCAGAACGGCAGCGGCAGACCCGACGCAGCACCUGCCGCUCCGUGGAUCGCGUUCAUAGAGGAGCCAGGUGAGGACAGCGGGGAUGCCGAGAGGCGGCAGCGCUCCAGAGGAAACCCGUGUGAGGAGGAGAAUGCCCGGAGCUCUGACAUCGAGCUGCUGGGCUCUUUCAGGUCCACCUCAAGUCACAACUCGGUUUUGGUGGAGCUGCUCGCCAAAGACCUGCGCAGAGACGAGGUGAUCAAAUACUACUCCAUGUGCGCCUUUGAUGGAGUGAAAUGGGAGCAUUUCAGCACCAAAGACUUCUGGCUGGCCGUGGUGGAGAGACCCCCGGAGGCAGAUGUUUGGCUCCAGGCGGGGGUCUCGGUGUUGCUGUUGGGACUAUCCGCGCUCUGCAGCGGGCUGAACAUCAGCAUGUUGGCCCUGGACCCCGUGGAGCUGCGGGUCCUCCAGAACAGUGGAACAGAGAAGGAACAGAAAUACGCACGGAAAAUCGAGUCCGUGCGUAAACACGGGAACUACAUCCUUUGCACUGUGGUGCUGGGCAACGUGCUUACAAACACAUGCUUCGUGGUGUGGAUGUGCCAGAUUUUAGGAAUGACUGCUCUAUCGACUGCCUCGUGCACUUUGGGGAUAUUCUUUAUUGGAGAGAUUUUACCUCACUCCGUGGCGUCCAGGCACAGCCUCGCCAUCGCCUCCAAGACGCUCUGCGCGACCCGCCUUCUCAUGCUGGUGUUCUUCCCCAUCGCCUACCCGGUCUCCAAGAUCCUGGACAUCAUGCUGCACCAGGAGAUCAGCAGCUUCUACACCAGGGAGAAGCUGGUGGCCAUGCUGCGCGUCACAGACCCCUACCACGACUUGGUCAAAGAGGAGCUCAACAUCAUCCAGGGCGCGCUGGAGCUGAGGACCAAGACCGUAGAGGACGUGCUGACCCCUCUGUCAGACUGCUACAUGCUGUCGUCGGAUGCCGUGCUGGACUUCUGCACCAUGUCAGACGUGAUGCAGAGCGGUUUCACACGCAUCCCGGUCUACGAGAACGACAGGUCCAACAUAGUGGACAUCCUGUUUGUAAAAGACUUGGCCUUCGUGGAUCCCGAUGACUGCACUCCUCUGAAAACAAUCACUCAGUUUUACAAGCAUCCCAUGCACUGCGUCUUCAGUGACACCAAGCUAGAUGUGAUGCUGGAGGAAUUCAAGAGAGGUAAGUCCCACCUGGCUGUGGUGCAGAGGGUGAACAGCGAAGGGGAGGGAGACCCCUUCUAUGAGGUGAUGGGCAUCGUCACCCUGGAGGACGUCAUAGAGGAGAUCAUCAAGUCCGAGAUCGUGGACGAGACAGACCUGUACACUGAUAACCGGACCAAAAGGCGAGUGUCCAACCAUGAACGGAAACAGCAGGACUUCUCCAUCUUCAAAUUGGCAGAAAACGAGCUGAAGGUGAAGAUCUCACCCCAGCUGCUGCUCGCAACACACCGCUUCUUGGCAACAGAGGUGGAGCCUUUUAGGUCGUGUCACCUGUCAGAAAAAAUUUUGCUGCGUCUCAUCAAACAUCCCAGCGUCGUGCAGGAACUCAAGUUCAACCCCAAGAGCAAACACGCUCCUCAACACUACCUCUUCCAGAGAAACAAACCUGUUGACUACUUCAUCCUGAUCCUGCAGGGACGGGUGGAGGUGGAGAUAGGAAAGGAGGCUCUUCGGUUCGAAAACGGAGCGUUUUCUUAUUACGGGAUGCCAGCGCUCAUUCCACCCCUGCCUUUUGGUCAGAGGUUCAGCUCUCGAGGCAGCGGUCUGAACCAGUCGGAUUCAUUACUGAGCGGAGGCAGCGUGGGGCAGCUGGCUGCAGGAGGCGUCUAUUUACCAGACUACUCAGUCCGGCAGCUCACAGACCUGCAGAUCAUCAAGAUCACUCGGAACCACUACCAGAACGCCAUGACGGCCACCAGGAUGGACAGCUCCCCUCAGACGCCGGACCCCGUGGAUCCCGACGCUAAAGGGAGGCCUCCGGUCCCAGAGGCCCGCUCACACAGCAUCGCCCUCCCCCUCACCCACACCCACACCCGUCUGGGGCUGGCACGCCUCGCACACCUCCAUCCCCACGGUGGCCUUCGCAACACCUCCCAGCUCAACGAGAGGAACCGUAUCGUUCGCAGUAAAUCUGAUGGACAGAGGAGUCCAAACGAUACCGUGUUCCUUCGCAUGGAUGAGAUUCCCUACAUCCACGAGGACCGACCAGAAAGUUAUGGAGAGAAUGAUGUGCCUACGGUUUCCCAGCCGUCCACCUCCCCCUUCAUCAGCUCUUUGUCUCUGUCCAGCUCCGAGGAGAACAUCGGAAAGAAGCUGUUGCGUAAAUUAAGUAACAAGAGGAGGAAAAAGUCUCGGGAUGGAGAAAAGAGUUUGGAGGAAGGUUCAGAGCAGCCGCCGGUGACGAGCUAGCACAGUGACACUAAGGAAGAGGGAUGAAGCACACGUCCUCUUCCUCUUUAUCGUCCUCACUAUUAGCCACCACCGCUCCAUCAAUCCACCGAUUCCCUUCCAGAGACGGAGCCAUCCCAUCUGCUGUAGCCAUCGAUGAUACUCAGGACCCCGCUGACACACUUCGGCCAUCUCCUGCCUGACUUGCUUGGAAAAAUUGGGCAAAUCUAAACAACAGUAUUGGAUUUAUCCAGCCUUACACUGGACUGUAGGUUUUAACCACAUUUGUUUAGUGCUAAUUUUGUCCAUGUUACCUUUUUGUGGUUUCCAUAACAUUUAAUCGUUACAUUUGAGCCAUAAGGCGUCACUGAAAUCUCUCAAAUGGAAGCCAACGAAGUCCUUAGAUUCCUACAUCUGAGCCAGUGUUGACCUUUUACUUGAUCAAGCAAUUAAUUGUUAAUAUAAGGCAGUUCCUACAUACUGAAAAUGUUGUUUGCACAGGGAACUGGCCAAAUGUUGCCAUUAUGGUGCCACCUACUGCCGACACAAAGCAGCACACUAGCCAUUGAACAAGAAGAAAAAGCCACCAGAUAAGAGCACAAUUUUUUACAAGAGAUUAACAAACAUGAUGAAAAAAAAAGCCAUAAAUUAACUCUCACCUUGAAUGACUGCUUGUUGUAUCCACUGACCGCUCAGCAACUGCACAGUUUUGAAAAAGACAACCGUUAAACGUACCUGAUUUUUUUAAUAUGGAAGUGUCAGGAUUACAAAAAGUAAUUUAACCCUCCUGUUGUCUUCAUUUACGGGCACCAAAAAAGUUUUGUUUCCUUGUCUGCAAAAAAAUUUCCCAAAUUUCUGAAAAUCUGCAAAACCUUCAGGAAGAAAAUUCCAAUAAUUCCUUAAACGUUUUAUUUAAAAAAUAAGAAUAAAGUCGGCUAGAAAUUCUUGUAAAUAUGUUCAAAAAAUGAGUAAAAAUCUUCCAAAAAAAUCCUAAAAAUAUCUAAAUUGAUUCCACAUAUAUCAGUAAAACUUCAGAUAUUUUCUUUAAGAAUAUUCACAUAAAAAUCAACCAAAAUCCAGCGAAUUUCGCUGGAUUUUGGUUGAUUUUUUUGUGAAUGUUCUUAAGAAACAUUUUUAACAUUUCUUUUUAUCCAGCCAAAAAAAUGUUGAAAAUGUGGACAUCAGAAGUUUCACUGUGAAAAUAUAUCUUUUCCCCACAUUUUCAAACUUUAAAAAGGGUCAAUUUUGACUUGCAGGACAACACAAGGGUUAAAAAGAGCAAUAUAAGUCAACUUAAAGGCAUGUUUCCUACAUGUUUUCUACGUCCUCUCAUUAAAACAUGCCCUUCUCUCUGCAUAUGUAGCUGCUAGACACAAUUUUAGCGUUUCUAUCCAACCAACACCUUCACCCGUUCGUCUUUAUUCUUGGUGGUAUCAGCUUUAACAUUAAUCUGUUGUUUGAUUGUGUCAUUUGCAACACUGUUGGUGAAUUUCAUCAGCGUCACAUAUUAGUGAGUUUUCUAUGUACAGUUCAUCCCUCACAGGGUCAGUCACUAAAGCUGCGUACACCAAUUUUAAAUAAGCUAGGGGUUUUGGAUCUUAGGGUCUAGGGAUCCAAAUGGAUAUUCUUGAAGAAGUAGACGCUACUUGCAUGUUUGUUAAUGCUGCUUUUACUGUAGAAUUAUCCCUGUUGCACACUGUUUUUACCGUAUGCAUGCUUAUAUAAAAGGAUGCAUGAAUAGGAUAUCAGUCUGCAGUACCUUCUCCCUGCUGAGGUGCAGUCUGGGACUUUCUGAACUCCUAAGUAGGUUUUAAAUUGGAUCUCACAUAGGCGGCAGUCUGAGGUUCUGACGAGAAAACGGCAACAAAUGCUGCCCGAUUACAGAGAAACAACAAAAAAAGGCUGCAGACUGCAUUAAAGGUAGUUUAUAAGUAUUAACAGUUGGUAAUAAGGCACAGGAAUGCUGCAAUUUUAAGCCAUUGUUCGAGAAAUCCUCUUUAACUGCAAUAAUGAAAUAAUGAUUUGAUCCUUUUUAUAAUGCGAGGUCGUCCCACGUGGACUGCUUUAGUCUGCAUUGUGAAAUCUUGGCACUGCUGAACAGGACAGAAAGAGAAAGAGAUAUGAAAAAUUAAAGCAAUAUGACACACACUGACGUCAAGCUAACACCUCCCUCCACACACACAGGUGAUGUUUGCGGACUCUCACCGAUUUAAUUCAUUCUGUCCGGUAAGGCCAUGUAAGUACAAAGGAUACUGCACCGGUAAGCUAUUUACGCCGACCCCCGCCAUAUAGUACACAGAACACGCAAUGGGAAGUCUUUUCAUCUGACGUCUAACUCUGAGUAAGAGGAUUUGUGUGAAUCACAAACUCUCAGCAGAAUGCUUUCAGAGAAUUUGCAGUGGGUUUACAUGACUUUAUAUUUGUAAAGACUGAAGUGUUGUUUGUUUGGGGGAAAAUAAGCAAAGUUAGAUUUUCUAAUGUAAAUGCAGAUGAUUAUAUAAGUAGGUUACCCAAAGAUAUCAAGAAAUAGAUCAUAUGUUCUACACAAGGGAUAAUUAAAUUAUGAAUAAAGUUAUUGAACUACUA